ACAUAUCACAGAGACAUCUUCUACCAGGAUCCGGCACUUUUUGGCAGCCAGCCUAUUGUGGAUCGCUACGUCGACGACAUCGCUCAUACAUUCAACAUUACUCGGACAGCCCUCAACGUGACUGCAGUCGCGAAAGGCAUCGUCGCCGGCGCAGCUACGUUCUGCCGCCGCGAUGGCUCGAUGAUCGAUUGUGCUGCCGAUCGUGAAGGCCUGCUGAUCCCAAAUCUGAAAGAGAUACUCUCUAUCAACAUGGCCUCUGUCAAGUGGAUUCUGGUCAUUGAAAAAGAAGCCACUUUCCGGUCUAUCGCUGCCUCAAUGUUCUGGGAGACGACAGCCUCAGAAGGUAUCAUACUCACAGCCAAAGGAUAUCCCGAUCUUGCCAGUCGGGCUCUUCUGCGCUUCGUCAGUCACCCUUCUACCAAGAAUGGAUUUGCGUCUCCACCUGUGUUUGGGCUUGCGGACUUCGAUCCGGAUGGCGUUGCGAUCCUGUCCACUUACAAGCAUGGCUCGAAAGCACUGGCGCACGAAAGCGAUGGCCAUAGCGUGCCGCAGUUGCAAUGGCUUGGACUGAAGAGCUCUCAUCUUCCUCAUGACGAGCGAAAUCCACAAGGUGUACUCAAGCUCACAAGUAGAGAUAGGAGAAAGGCGAGGGCAAUGCUGGAGCAACAGCACACUCCCGACGUCAGACUCGACGAGGAGUGGCAGUCCGAGCUGAGGCAGAUGCUCAUGCUGAACGUCAAAGCAGAGCUUCAGAUACUGGACGCAAUUCCGAACGGCAUGGUGAAGCUCUUGUCAUCGACCCUUUGCUGCCUCGGGUGA